AGCAUGCUGGGAGAGGAAAACUCCAGGAACCUGAGGGAAAGAGGAAGUUCUGCUGGAAACGUCCUGUAAAGAGGCUCUGAUGUCCGGACAGCGGGAGGGAGAGCCCCGGCAUGAGGAGCAGGUUCCUGUGAUAUAGGAUUGUCCGAUGACAUCAUCAGUACCAGAUAAUGGAUGGAGACGGGGACAAGAUGGCGGAGAGGAUAUUAGAUCUUACCCUAGAGAUACUCUUCCUGCUUACUGGAGAGGAUUACUCCACAGUGAAGAAGACGUCUAGUAAUCUGAUACAUGAGAAGAACAAUGAGAAGAUCCUAGAAGUCGUCCACAAGAUGAUGGAGCUGCUGACUGGAGAGGUUCCUAUAAGGUGUCAGGAUGUCGCUGUCUAUUUCUCCAUGGAGGAGUGUGAGUAUUUAGAAGGACACAAGGGUCUGUACAAGGACGUCAAGAUGGAGGAAGACCAGCCCCUCACAUCUCCAGAGAGAUCCAGUCAGAGGACAACACCAGAGAGAUGUCCGCAUUUUCUCCUUCCACAGGAUGGUCAGAUUUUAUAUCAGGAUGAAGAUCUGCGCAAUAUUAAUGCUACAGAGACAGAUGUGAGGGGUGAUGAGGAAUACAAGGAGGACAUUCCUACAGAGACAGAUGUGAGGGGCGAUGACCAGUGUAAGGAGGACAGUCCUACAGAUAAGAGCCCAGAUGACUGUACUGGGAGCUCGGAGGGACAAUUGAUAUCUACAGAUUAUAAUGCAGAUGAUCCGGGUGUCACAUCAGAUAUGUAUGAAGAUUGUGCCAUUAUCCCAGAUGUACCAUCCACCCUUCACAGCAAAACGGUUUUAUCUGAUCCUUCUAAACAAAUCCAAUCUUCUGAUUCAUCACAGACUGUUAACCAGAAUGCAAGCCACAAAAGGGGUGAGGGAGCCCUAAGAGCUCAGAAAGGGAAGAAGUCAUAUCCAUGUUCAGAAUGUGGGAAAUGUUUUACUCAGAAAUCAGAUUUUAUGAGCCAUCAAAUUAUUCACACAGUGGAAAAGCCAUAUUCAUGUUCAGAAUGUGGGAAACGUUUUGGUUUGAAAUCGGUUCUUUUUCAACAUGAAAAACAUCAUGCAAGGAUGACUCUGUAUCCAUGUUCAGACUGUGGGAAAUGUUUUACUCACAAAUCAGAACUUGAGAGGCAUCAGAGAGUUCACACGGGAGAGAAGCCGUAUUCAUGUUCAGACUGUGGGAAACGUUUUACUCAGAAAUCUUCUCUUGUUGUCCAUCAGAGAAUUCACACACGGGAGAAACCGUAUUCAUGUUUGGAUUGUGGGAAAUGUUUUACUUGUCAAUCAGAUUGUGUUAAACAUCAGAGAAUUCACACAGAGGAGAAGCCAUUUCCAUGUCUUGAGUGUGGGAAAUACUUUAGCCAUAAGUCAAAACUUGUCAAACAUCAGAGAAUUCACACAGGGGAGAUGCUGUAUUCAUGUUCAGAAUGUGAGAAAUAUUUUACUACAAAAUCGUCUCGUCUUUUACAUCAAAGACUUCACACAGGGGAGAAGCCGUAUUCAUGUUCAGAAUGUAGCAAAUGUUUUACUCAGAAAUCAAAUCUUAUCAAACAUCACAGAAGUCAUACAGGUGAGAAGCCAUAUCCAUGUUCAGAAUGUGAGAAAUGUUUUACUAGAAAAUCUGUUCUUCUUCUACAUCAAAGACGCCACAUAAGGGAGAAGCCAUUUUCAUGCCAAGAAUUUGGAAACUGUUUUACCCAGAAACCACAGGUUUCUGAACAUUUAAAAUCUCACAAUGGGGAUAAGCCAUUUUCCUGCCCAGAAUGUCAAAAAUGUUUUACUUACAAAUCCGUUUUGGAGAGGCAUCAGAGAAUUCACACAGGGGAGAAGCCGUAUUCGUGUUCAGAAUGUGGGAAAUGUUUUACUCAGAAAUCACAUCUUGAGAGCCAUCAAAGAAUUCAUACAGGAGAGAAGCCAUAUUCAUGUUCAGAAUGUGGGAAAUGUUUUACUCAGAAAUCACAUCUUGAGAGCCAUCAAAGAAUUCAUACAGGAGAGAAGCCGUAUUCAUGUUAAGAAUUUGGAUGGUGGGGAAGAGAAAUAAAAGUGCUAAAAACGAAAAAUGGUUGCAGUGGGAAGGGGUUAUAAAUUAAAGGAAAUGUGGUGGGUGUGGAGCUCCCAUAU